AGACAUUUUGUGAAUAUGGGCGAAUGUUUAUAAAAAAAUCUGAGACGUAUACACAUUUUACUUCGUAUUUUAGACGGUAGGCCUUCAAACCUACACGCAGCAUAAUUUUCAAGGGACAUGGAAGACGAAUUAGAAGAUAGAGUUGUGCACCAAACCUACCUUUCUUUUAUGAAAGUUUUAUCACGUUUCACAAGCAGUGUUCCAUUUGAUGCUCCCGUGAGCUAUUUAUGGAAAAUGGUCCGUCUUUAUUUACUUCGAUCUGAAGUUGUAGUGUUCACUUUAGGUAUAUUAUUAUUUUUAAUGUAUUUGCAAACGAUAGAACUAUGGAGUCGCACCCUUUUAAGUCGUUUAUCUCAAGCCAUGAGUCCUAUGGGAGCGGUCCAAAGGAUGAAGUUCAUGGAAGGGUCUGAAGCGGACAAGCAAAGCUGGGAAUUGAAAGGUACUUUGAGCGCAGCUUAUGCAAUUAAAGGGAGGAGAAUGCAUAUGGAAGACAGGUUUAUUAUCAACGAAAACAUUAACAACACAGGAAUCUCUCUCUUUGCUAUAUUCGAUGGGCACGGUGGAGAAUUUGCAGCAAAUUACGCGAAAGAUCACCUUAUUCAAAAUCUUUACAAUAAAAUUGUGGAAAUAAAUGCAUUCAAGGAUGGCAAGAUCCUUAGCACCCCACCCAAAGAGAAUCCAGAUGACGCAAAACCAAAGGAACAAGAAAAUACUAUUAACAUAGAAAGGAAGACUAGUUUUAAAAAGUCUAUCAGUGCAGCUGAUGACACUUCCCGUAAGGAAAUCACAGAUCCAGAAAUAUUGGCACAACUUUCUAAAGCUAGGCCUAUAACAAGAGAGGUGAGACCAACAGUCAAACCCCUAAAAAAUAUUGUGAUCCCAAUUUCCUCCUACUUAGACAAAGGAAAGAUAAACUAUGGAAAGCUUCUUACUGAUGAGGUAUUGGCAGCUGAUCGAUUACUCGUAGAAGCAGCAAAGAGGUCUAUGAAUGUUGCUGGCACCACAGCCCUAAUUGCUAUCAUGGAAAAUAAUCAUUUGAUUGUUGCUAAUGUUGGAGACUCCAGAGGAGUCAUGUGUGACUCACGAGGCAAUGCAAUACCUGUGUCUUUUGACCAUAAACCACAACAAGUAAGAGAACAAAAGAGAAUUGAAGCUGCAGGAGGAUACAUUGCUUUUAAUGGUGUUUGGAGAGUAGCAGGUAUACUGGCAACAUCACGAGCUAUGGGCGAUUAUCCUUUAAAAGAUAAAAAAUUUGUCAUUGCCGAUCCUGAUAUUCUUACAUUUAAUUUAGAUGACCACAAGCCUAUGUUUUUAGUAUUAGCUUCUGAUGGCCUAUGGGAUACAUUUACAAAUGAAGAAGCUAUUAAAUUCAUUAAAGAACGUUUAGAUGAACCUGAUUUUGGUGCCAAAAGCUUGACACUUCAAGCAUACUAUCGAGGUUCUGUGGACAACAUUACUGUAUUAGUUAUCAAUUUCACAAAUGAUAGAAUUGCUACAGCAAGUAAGACAGAGUAAUAUUGAAAUUGUGAACUUUCCACACUGGGAAGACAUUUUACCUUUAUGAAACCUUCAUAUUAAUAUUGACAUAUGUAUAAGAAUCAAAUUAUAAUAAUGUCAUCAAAGUAUAAUGGUGUAACCAUCCAAAAGUAUGUUUUGAACAUUUUGAACUUUGACAUUAUACAAAUAUUACAGUUUCUUAAAUGGGCUAAGUACUACAAUAGAUUAUUAUUAGAUUACAAUAAUAUGUAACUAAUGGAAGCUUGCAUUGUGUCUAGGCAAACACCAGCGAUAAGUACAUUGUAAUUUUAAAACUAAGUAAUAAUUUGGUAUUUAUUUUUAUAUCACAUAUGAACUGCAGUGUUUUUUUAUUACUAUGAAAAGAUUCAGAUUGAAAGAAGGAAAAAUAGGAAUGAACAAAAAUUGAAAAAUCAGUAUAUGCCUUGGCAUAAUGUAAGUACACGAUUGUUGUUGUGGUGUGGUGUUAGUAUUGUGAAAAGAGAUUUGCAAUCAUAAACCUAGAAUAUAAUUAUAAAUUAUCAAUUUCAUAAAUUGGUUAAGGA